AUGCCGAACCCCUCCCAAAACAGGUGUUUCGCAUCCCGAAGAGGAAGUCUCGACAGCAACAGCCGUGACAGACCAACCAUCGUUCCUCCCCCGAGAAUUCGCUCGAAUUCCCUCCCCUCUCCCUCUCCCAUCCAAGCCAGACCCUUCAAUCUCAGCCGUAAUCAGCAGAACAUCAACGCAAUCGAAUCUCAGAGACGACGAUUCGAGGAGUUUCGCACUCAGAGACAGAACAUCAACGCGAUCGAAUCUCGGAGACGACGAUUCGAGGAGUUCCGAUCCCAGAGACAACGAAGAGGUUCAAAUCCUGAUGAUGGAGAAGGAAGCGGGGAGGAUGAGAGUGGAGAUCAAUAA